AUGGCUGAAUAUAAUGCACUUGUUGAAAUGUAUGUUACUGAUGGCAUGCGUAUAGUCUUUCGCAUUGGUAAUAUUAAGAAGAAAAUGUCUCGCGGAAUCAAAGACAAGUCCGAAUUGAUUGAAGAAUACAUUAUUGGAUUACUUGAAGAAAUCAAAGGGUUUGUGGGAAAUUGUGUGCUUGCACAGAUGUAG